AAUAAUAGCUAGGUAACAAACCCAAGUACAAGUAGUGAAGAAGAGAGAGAGGCUGAGCUGACAAGACAAAAGCGCACACUAAUAAAUAAUUAAUCGUUCAAAAACUCUUAAAGAUAUAAUGACAACUGAGCUCUGAUCUUUCGGAUCUUUUAAUGUUAUAUUCAACCUCUCCCACCCCUGGAAUCUCCACAACACUGCAAACUACCAUUACAAGAGUGACUCCCGUUUCUUUUUUAAGAAAGACAUAUCCUUGAUCUGAAAAUAGUGGACAAAAUAUGAGUCUAGCAUGUCUUGUAUGCCACAGCGUAGAAAGUCCAUCACACUCCUUUAGAAGCUACUCAGUCUCAAGUUCAGACAACGAAGGAAGAUGUUCUGCCAUUGCCAACUGCAUAACCAGGAAGUUAUCUCUCCCUCCUCCCAGAGCAAACUCUUCCUUUGCAUCAUCAUCCAAAGUGACCCCACAACCAUCUAGUCCAGGUAAUGAUGACAUGACAGGACCCCCGCGACUAGUACGUAGUCGUGCUGUGAGAAGAGACCUUGUAAGAGAUUGGAAUUUUGAUGGGUUUGUGAUGGAGCGAUAACUACUUUAAGUAGGAAAACUGCCGUUCUCUCUGCUCAUGUGAUAGCUUUAGAGAUUUAUCUUGCUGUCUUUCCUUUAUAUUUUUUUUUGUUAUGGAUGCAGUUAAGCUCGCUUUUCCACUUGAAGAGUUUGCGUUUGUGACCAUCUUAGGAAAAUUAAAUGUGAAAUCUUGUUCAUAUUUCUUUUCUAAA